AUGCAGUUCUUUCUUAUUUUUGGUUUCUUAUUAUCUUUUCAUCUAAGUAUAGAAGAUGAAUCGAAGAUCAAAAUCAGUGCUUUAGGAAAUGAAUUUAUUCCAAUUGAUACUUCUCAACCUCCUCUACUUACAUUUACAACAAAGAAUAUGCUACGUUGUUCUGCUGAAUGUAACAAACGUGCUACUUGUCGAACAUUUGAUUUUGAUGCUGAUUCUUUACAAUGUCGUUUAUGGGAAAUGGAUAACACAACAGGUUCAAUUGUUGCUUCACCAUCAAAACCACGAUCAUCUGUUGGUUCAGUUCAAAUCUCUCCUAGUAAUUAUGUUAACUCUCACAAUCAGUCAUGCAGUCAUUGUGAUCAAAGUCGUUAUGAAAUAUGUAAUGUAAACAGUUCAACUUGUCAAUGUCCACCAUUUACCUAUUGGAAUAAUGGAAUGUGUAUGACACAAUUAUUUCAAGGUCAAUUGUGUUCAAAUGCAGAUGCUUGUCGAGCAGAUCUUAAUCUUUCAUGUCAACCAAGUUGUGAUUUUACUUAUCGAUGUUCUGCUUUGCCAGUGGUUGGUAUUGGUCAGACAGUUGCUGGCUUUUGCAAUGGUAGUACAGAUGGCGGUGCACUUGGUUUAGGAGGCCCUUGGGGUAUUUAUGUUUCACCAUCCGACGAAACUCUCUAUGUAGGCGAUUACGAUGGACUUAGAUUUCAAUCAUUUUCACCAUUCUCACGUAUUGGAUCUACAAUUCUUGCCAGUGGGUUCAGCUCACCUGAAGAUGUGUUUAUUGAUAGCUCGCAUAACAUAUAUAUGACUGACUGGUCUUUCAAUCAAGGUAUAAUAUACGUUCAACAACCGGGAAUGAAUCUCACUACCAUUCCAUCGUCAGGUUACUCACCUUCAUCCUGUUCUUUUACAGGAUUAUGUUCAGUUGAGGGUGUAGCUGUUGAUCGAUUUGGUAAUAUUUACGCAUCAUUAACUCAUUGUCAUAUGAUCGUAAAAUGGGCACCAAAUAGUACGACUGGUACACUUGUUGCUGGAAAUCCAGGAAAUAGUGGCACUGGUAGUAAUCAAUUAUGGUCGCCUCAUUUUAUACAUUUAGAUGAAGAUCGAUCAGCCUUAUACGUCGCUGAGCAAGAUAACAAUCGUGUUCAGAAAUUCAUAAUAGGUGGUAAUGGAACAGGAAUAACAGUCGCAGGCGGAAAUGGAGCAGGAUCGAAUCUUAAUCAAUUGCAUAAUCCUUCAGGUGUUUGGGUUACACGCAAUGGUCAAACUCUUUAUGUUGCUGAUAGUAACAAUAAUCGUGUAAUGAAAUGGAAUAUUGGUGAUACACAAGGAUCGGUCGUAGCUGGCAGUGCAAGUGGUGUAGCAGGUGGAGCUCGAGUUGUUUCAUUACGUCUAAGAUUAAAUAAUGUUAUUAAUGGAUGGUCACUUGUUUCAUCAUCUCUUCGAUUUCAUAAAUCAAGAUUAGUUCGACAUCUUCACCUGAUUGGUAUUACAGCAGAUGAAUUUAAUAAAUUAUUGCGUAAUCAUUUAAUAAAAGAAUUAUAUACUUUAACGGUCGAUGAGGCAGACCCUGGUCUCCAUGAUCAACCAGUAUGUUCACAAUUGGCACAACUACAAAUAUGUCAACUGCCGUUUGAUUUUUUUCCUAUAGAAAAUGGUCGUAUAGUAGAAUCAUCAUCAGUAUUAACAAGGAUGAUUUUACCAGAUAUUCCGAAUACAACUUUCCUCUAUAUGUUAACAGUUGGUAUAAAUACAAUAUAUUUUUUAGAAGGUUUAGUGAAAUGUAUACCUUUCAUUGUAAAUCUUUCUUUUGGUAUACACGAUUCGACGAUUUAUAAUGAAGAUGAAUGUAAUGUUAUAUCAUUGCCUGAUGCUGUUGAUCGUCGUCUUCUUAGCCGUUUACCUCGUCUUAGUAUGAAUUGUUGGGAUAAAAGAAGUUUCUAUAGAUCUGUUUCACUUUUAUCAUCUAUAUUCGAUCAACUUAAUCAUUUCUCAUUAACAUUAAAUGUCAGUACAUCAGUACCUGAUCGAUGGAUUAUAUCAGGAAGUUAUAGAUUGAGAGUGAUAAAAGGCCGACCUAGGCUAACUCUGUUAUAG